AUGGCGGACGUACCACCCGCCUACGAAGAGAAGGGCGACAGCAAGCUCAGCGCGCGGAAACGGCGUUCGUCCGAUGCCGAGGUUUACGAGGAUGACCUUCUCGUCGAUCCGCCUGCGGAGGAAACCUUGCACAGAGGGCUGAAAGCCAGGCAAAUAUCCAUGAUCGCGCUGGGAGGUGCCGUUGGUACUGGGCUGAUCAUCGGCAGUGGCACUGCACUCGUGCGGGGAGGACCUUUGGGCAUUUUGCUUGGGUAUUCUUUUGUGGGGCUCGUUUGUUACAUGGUGAUGGUGGCCCUGGGAGAGAUGAGCGCCUUUCUACCCCAUAAGAAGGGAUUUGCUGGUUACAGUACACGUUUUGUGGACCCGGCGCUUGGGUUCGCAUUGGGAUGGAAUUAUCUGCUGAAGUACUUGAUUGUCACUCCCAAUAAUAUAAACGCCGCUGGAAUUGUUAUACAGUACUGGAAUGAUUCCAUUCAUGUCGCAGUGUGGAUGGUAGUUUUCAUCGCGUUCAUCGGCCUCGUAAAUCUACUGGGCGUGCGUGUCUUCGGAGAGCUGGAGUUCUGGUUCAGUAGCCUCAAAGUGAUAGCGCUGAUAGGCCUGCUCCUGAUGGGCAUCAUCAUUGACCUCGGCGGCAACCCCCGUCACGACCGCAUCGGAUUCCGGUACUGGCAACAUCCCGACGGCCCGAUGGGACAUUACCUCCUUUCGCAGGUCCACUCGGAGCAUCUGUCCAUCUUCCUUGGAUUCUGGAGCACAUUGAUCAAUGCUUUGUUUGCAUUCAUCGGUACCGAGUUGAUCGGUGUUACGGUCGGCGAAGCUGAGAACCCAAGGAAGAACAUCCCUAUUGCUAUUAGGCGCACGUUCUUCCGAAUCCUGGUGUUCUAUAUCGGAGGCGUCUUCGUGAUCGGUCUGGUCGUGCCGAGUACAUCUCAGCAACUAUUCGUGGCCAACAAGUCAAAGACUGGCGCGGCGUCGUCACCGUUUGUAGUUGCGACGGUGCUUGUCGGAAUCAAGACCUUGAAUCACGUCAUCAACGGCGCCGUUCUUGUGUUUGUCCUCAGUGCCGCCAACUCUGAUCUGUACAUCGGUUCACGCACCCUAUACGGUCUGGCGAUCGAAGGCAAGGCGCCCUCUCUCUUCAAAAAGGUCAAUCGUUUGGGCGUUCCUUGGACGGCAUUGCUGCUAUGCUUGUCAUUCUGCUGUCUGGUUUUCUUGAACGUGACGAAGUCCAGCGCUCAGGUCUUCACCUAUUUCGUGAAUCUUGUUUCAACAUUCGGUGCCAUCACCUGGAUGUGCAUCGUCUAUACUCAUAUAUCAUUCAUGCGAGCGUUAAAAGCACAAGGAAUUGAUCGAAACACUUUACCUUACAAGGCGCCCUUCCAACCAUACGGCUCCUGGUUUGCUCUCAUUUCCACGGCUAUCAUUACUCUCUUCAAAGGCUUUGACACAUUCAUACCGUUCACGAAAGCGACAUUCGUCACAUCAUACAUCGGCCUCCCCACAUUUUUCUGCUUUUGGUUGGGAUACAAGUUGUUCUACAGGAGCAAGGUCAUCCCACCUGCCGAAGUGGACUUGGUCACAGGACUAGCAGAGAUCAACGAGGAGGAAAAACGGUACAAGGCCCAGGAAGAGUCUGAAUCCCUUGCAGGCAAGCCUAGAUGGCGUCGGAUCUGGGACAAUAUCUAG